UUUCCGUUGUCGGCAUAAAUUUUGUCCAAAAAUCAAUUCGCAUCCGCUUCGUUACUCCGUACACCGGCACCAGAUCGGUCACCGCCAUGGCGGCCGCGAGCAGGGCACGGCGGUGGAGCCUGGCCGGCAAGACGGCACUCGUCACCGGCGGCACCAAAGGCAUCGGCCGCGCCGUCGUGGAGGAGCUCGCCGGGUUCGGGGUGAGGGUGCACACGUGCUCCCGCGACGACGCCGGCCUGCAGGAGUGCCUGCGCCAGUGGAACUCCGGGGGCGCCGCCGGCGAGGGGGUGGUGCUCGCGGCGCCCGUCACGGCGUCGGUCUGCGACGUGUCCGUGCGCGGCGACAGGGAGGCGCUGGUGGCCGCGGCGCGCGACGCGCUCGGCGGUAGGCUCGACGUGCUCGUCAACAACGUCGGCCAGGUGCUCGUCGGCCCGGCCGCGGAGACCGCGCCCGAGGACUACGCCCGCGUCAUGGCGACCAACCUCGAGUCCUGCUUCCACCUCGCCCAGCUCGCGCACCCUCUCCUCCGCGAGGCGGCUGAGGCAGGCGGAGGAGGCGGCAGCAGCAGCGUGGUGAACAUCUCCUCCUCCGCGGCGUUCCACGCCGCGCCGCACUUGGCCGUGUACUCGGCGACCAAGGGCGGCUUGAACCAGCUCACCCGGAGCCUCGCCGCCGAGUGGGCACGCGACGGCAUUCGCGUCAACGCCGUCGCGCCGGGAGGCACCCGGAGCGACAUCUGCAGCAGCAGCGGCCUGACGCUGGACGAGGAGACGGUGCGCAGGCUGGCGGACGCCGGCGGCAUGGACCGCGUCCCCAUGCGGCGCCUCGGCGAGCCCGAGGAGAUCGCCGCCGCCGUCGCCUUCCUCUGCAUGCCGGCCGCCUCCUACAUCACCGGACAGGUCAUCUGCGUCGACGGCGGCCGCACCAUCGCCUAGAACCAUGAAAGCUACCUAGAUAUUCUAGCUAGCUCGUCAGCCUCGUCAAGAAAAUAAUCAAGAACAGCAUUGCUAAUUAAU